UGCAAGACCCUCCGGCAGCCGGGGGCUGGAAGCGGCGGAACGGAAGGCGCAGGUUGCCGGGUUGCUGGGCCGGACCUACACCCGCUCUGUCCGUCCGCCCAACUUCCCCCCCGGGCUGGGACCGAGGCGGGCGGCAAGCGCAGGUUCUCCGGCCCCGCAGUGGUCGAGCUGGAGGCCCACUGAGAAGUCUUCGAGCGCCAGAUUUGUUGACCUACAGAAUGCUUCGAUCCCCAUACUUUUGUAGAACCUAUAAAGAAUUUCUUUCAUGCUGGUUGGAAGCUGGCAUAUUUAAUUUAGGUGUCUGGCCAAAAAAGAUACAUGCUACAGCAGAAAGAUAUGAUGACUAUGAAGCCCAGGAGCUAACAGAUCAAACUGGAGCUCGAGAGUUUCACCCAUCUCAAGACAGAGAUUCUGAAGCUAUGACUAAAUUGCAUACUCCAGUAAUGGUGGAUGAAGUUGUUCGUUGUUUGGCACCACAAAAAGGGCAGAUUUUUCUAGAUAUGACAUUUGGUUCAGGAGGACACACAAGAGCCAUCUUGCAGAAAGAGUCAGAUAUUACUCUGUAUGCUUUGGACAGAGACCCGGUAGCUUAUGCAAUAGCUGAAAGACUUUCAGAAUUGUAUCCCAAACAGAUGCGAGCUAUGCUAGGCCAGUUUAGCCAGGCCGAAGGCUUAUUAAUGAAAGCUGGAGUGCAGCCAGGGACUUUGGAUGGAGUUCUUUUGGAUCUUGGAUGUUCCUCCAUGCAACUUGAUGCUCCUGAAAGAGGUUUUUCCCUUCGGAAGGACGGCCCUUUGGACAUGAGAAUGGAUGGUGGCAGGUACCCUGACAUGCCCACUGCAGCUGAUGUUGUGAACGCUUUAGAUCAACAGGCACUUGCAUCCAUCCUGAGAACAUACGGGGAGGAGAGGCAUGCCAGGAAAAUCGCUUCGGCCAUUGUUCAGGCACGCAGCAUCUACCCCAUCACCAGAACCCAGCAGCUUGCCAGCAUCGUUGCAGGUGCAUUUCCUCCCUCUGCUAUUUAUGCACGAAAAGACUUGCUACAACGAUCGACCCAUAUUGCCACCAAGACUUUCCAAGCUUUUCGCAUAUUUGUAAACAAUGAACUGAAUGAACUUUACACAGGCCUGAAGACAGCGCAGAAGUUCCUGAGACCUGGCGGUCGUCUUGUUGCUCUCUCCUUCCAUUCCCUAGAGGAUCGCAUUGUCAAACGAUUCCUGCUUGGGAUAAGCAUGACAGAAAGAUUUAACCUAAGUGUAAGACAGAAGGUGACACAAGCGUCACAACUGGGUUCAGGUCAUGAACACAAGGAAGGGGUGUCAAUAGGAAGGGCCCCAUUAAUGUGGGAAUUGAUACACAAGAAGGUACUUACCCCGGAAGAUCAGGAUGUGCAGGAUAACCCCAGAGGACGCUCAGCCAAGCUUAGAGCAGCUAUCAAAUUAUGAGAAAGUCAGAAUCGUCUGACCCUUCAAGUUUUUCCUCACAGUUUCGCACCUGAAUGGCUUAACACCAGAAAUUAUGGAAUAUAUAGAUAGAUAGUACAUAAGUGUGGAGAUUGAGGAUAUUUAGCAUUUUUUCUCACUAAGAAAAUGUAGGAAAUAUUAAUAUGACACAGAAAGUUCAACUCAAGAAGAAACAGCAUCUCAAAACUGGAUUAAUGGGUUUAUUUUAGCACUAUACAGGAAAGAUUCAUCUUAUCAGUUAUGAUGAUAGAUUCUAAAUCGGCAAUUCCAAGUGAAUAAAAUAUCAAUAGAACUAUAUGGACAGAAGAUUAAGUACUUGAGUUUACCUUAGACUGACUUUAGGUACCUCUAUAAUAUGUAACUUUAGUUUUAAAGCUUGUUUACUGCUUUUACUUUAUAGGCUUUAUUCAAAUCUGAACAAUUCUUCAUUGAAAUCAGAGUUAGAAAAUAUUCUGGGGAACAAUGUGCUCAAAUUAGAAACAAAUGAAUGCACCUAGAUCAAUCCCCUGGACCUUUGUUAAAGAAUGUUGUAAGUUUCUCUUUGCAUGAAGUUGUAUUUAUGAAUGAGAGAGAUUUCCAAAGGUACGUUCCCAUCCAAGUAUCUGAUUAACAAAUAAAAGAUCACACUCUUAUAUUGACCAGUGUUUCAUCUAUUUCAUCAAUUAUUUUUAGACGUGUAUAAUAUGGGAAUUAUUUUUCUUUAAUGUUAAUGAAACUGACUGCACUGGGUUAAAUAGUGUCCUUCGAAAAUUCUUGUCCUUCACAGAACCUCAGAAUGUAGUCUUAUUUGGAAAUUUGGCCAUUUGCAGAUGUCAUUCCUUAGGAUGAUGUGAUGCUGGGUCAGGGCAGGCCCUCAAUCCACUAUGUCUGGUGUCCUUGUAAGAAGGGGAGAGACAGAGACACAGGGAAGAACACCACAUGAGGGUGGACACAGAGAUUGGAGUGAUGCAUCUACAAGCCAAGGGUGGUUUGACUUAUUUCACAUAGCAGAAUGCCCUCUAGGUCCAUCCGUUUUGUCCCAAAUAGCAGAUUUUAUUUGUUGGUUUUUGGUUUGUUUUGCUGAUUAAUAGCCCAUUGAAUAUAUGAUUGCCUCUUUAUUCACUUACUGAUGGACACGCCUAAGUUGCUUCCAUAUCUUUGUUAUUUUAAAUCAUGCUGUAGUGACUUAAGGGAGCAUACAUCUUUCAAAUUAAUGUUUUUGUUUUCUUCAGAUAAACACCCGAAAUACUGUUGCUGGACCAUAUGGCAGCUCUAUUUUUAUUUUUGUGUGGAAUCUCCAUACUGUUUUCCGUAGUGGCUGCACCAAUUUGUAAUCCCACCAACAGUACGUGAGGGUUCCCUUUUCUUCACAGCACUUGUUAUUUGUUGAUUUUUUGAUGAUAGCCUUUCUGAUACGAGUGAGGUUAUAUCUCAUUGUGAUUUUAAUUUGCAUUUCCCUGAUGAUUAGUGGUGUUGAGCCUCUUUUCUCAUGUCUCUUGGCCAUCUGCGUAUCUUCUCUGGAGAAAUGUCUUCAAGUCCUCGGCCCAUUUUUUAACAUGAAUAAGUUUUAAAUGGCUAACUCUGGAGAAUGUUUUUGGGAAAUUCAAACAAUACAUAUGGAAAAUAAAAACUGAUUAUAAAUAUGAAUGUGCAUUCCUUUUCUAAUAAAAUAUUAAAACUAUAAAACAAGCUAUUGUUUUACAUUUCUGAAUCUCUGUAUCAACUGCCUUCUACCAGUCAUGUUAGUAUAGCAUCCAUGUCAUUGUGUAGCACAUCAAUUCUCGACAGGUUUUAGUUUGUUGCUUAUUAAGAAAUGAAAUUUAAUUGCAUACAAUUUUUAGUUGAUAUCCUUAUUUUGUAUAUUCAUUCUGUUUUAAAAAUUGUAUGUGUUACUAUAUAAUCUCUUUGAAGUUUCUAGGGUUUUCUUUUUGAUACACUAAUCACAUCUGCAUAUCUUUUCUAUUACAUAUAACAUAUAAUUUGUGCUUAAAUUCAUUUAUGUUGAACUAUUUAUGUUACAACCAGUAGUUUGUAAGAGAAUAUAGUAUGCCUAAUUAGUUUUUGAAGUUAACUGCUACCUCUUAAAAGUCACUUAUUGCAAAUAUUAUUUGAAAAUCAUAUUUUUUAGUAUUUGCAGAGUAAAAGUGUAUGAAAUUCUUUUUUCUAUGUUUUUAAAAAUAAGCAGAGAUAAUGAUGAAUCUAUACUGCGGACUUCUAACAAGUAAUUUUAAUUUCAUUUGAAAUUACUCGGCCAAAAAUUAUGAUACAGUUCUUAAUGUUAAAAUUCAAAAUAUAGAACAAAUACAGAAUUUGUAUCAACACUUUGAUUUGGUAAAAUAUAUGUAUUUAUUCACUCAAUAAGCAUAUAUUAAAGCUGACCAUUUAGGAGAAAUGAAAAACAUUAUCUCGCCUUUUUUUACUCCUCACUGUCCCUUACUCUGUUCACAUUGGUAUGUGAAUUUCUUAUGCCAACUGAAGUAACCUUCCUUUAUGUUUCAGAUUUACUCUGGACAAAGAAAUAUUAGGCAAUAUUAGUUCUCUUGCAAACUACACCCUACCUGGUAGAAUCUUUGUAGUGGAGAGGAAUAAAACUUGCUUCUGGAUAAAA